AUGCCUGGGCAUUCGUUUACUCAUAUGGGAGAUGCCAUGUGUGUGUACACUGAUGGUUGCUGCUCACAAAAUGGGAGACUGAAAUCACGAGCUGGAAUUGGAGUUUACUGGGGACCAAAUCACCCUCAGAAUGUGGCAGAAAGACUUCAGGGAAGACAGACAAAUCAGCGAGCAGAGAUUCAGGCAGCAUGCAAAGCCAUAGAACAGGCAAGAAGUCAGAAUAUCGCAAAGCUUGUGCUGUACACGGACAGUAUGUUUACGAUAAAUGGUAUCACUAAAUGGAUACAUACAUGGAGAAAUAAUGGCUGGAAGCUAAAAUCUGGUAAAGACGUCAUAAACAGAACGGACUUUGAAAAGCUGUACAAGCUAAUGGAUGGCAUUGAUGUCAAAUGGAUACACAUCCCAGGACAUGCUGGUUUUGGAGGAAAUGAAGCUGCUGAUAAACUUGCUAGAGAAGGUGCUCGAAAACCUGACACAAGUUCACUUUAG